CCUCCCCUUCCCCUUCCCACCCCUCCUCUCUCCACCCGCUCUUUCCUAGUCCAAGCCUAUGAGCUGCCACUAUAUCCUCUUAUGAUGCACCCGACGAGGCCAUGCCUCUCCACCCUCUCCCGCUCCUCCCUUCUCCUCUCCCCCCACCACUUCCCCUCCUCCUCUUCUCCCUUCUCCUCACUUCGCCCCCGCCGCUCGCAAGCCUUCCGGCCCCUCUCCUCCCUCCGGGAGACGAAGAAGGCCACUCUCCGCAAGGCCUCCAACGUCCCCCAGAACCUCAAGUUUGACGGCCGGAGGGGGAGGGACGAUGGGUCCGUCUCGGAUGACGGGGACGGGGCGUUGGGAGGAGAGACGGCCGUGAAGGGCACGCUUCUCGCGGGGCUUCUGCUAGUUGGGGUCAUUGGAGGGUUCGGUACGGUGGGGUACGUCUACAAAGACCAGAUCAAUGCCUUUCUCACCCAGUUCUCGGAUUUCAUCGAAGGUUAUGGCCCUUCUGGAUAUGCCUUAUUUGUACUUGUUUAUGCUGCAUUGGAGAUUCUUGCAAUUCCAGCAAUUCCAUUAACUAUGUCGGCGGGACUUUUAUUUGGAAGUGUAACAGGGACCAUUAUCGUUUCGAUCAGUGGGACAGUGGCUGCAGCGGUGGCCUUUCUUAUUGCUAGAUAUUUUGCUCGUGAGCGUAUUCUCAAAUUGGUUGAAGGAAACAAAAAGUUUUUGGCAAUUGAUAAGGCAAUAGGAGAGAAUGGAUUCAGAGUUGUUACACUUCUACGUUUGAGUCCUUUGCUCCCAUUUUCUCUUGGAAACUAUCUAUAUGGUUUGACAUCAGUGAAGUUUGUGCCUUAUGUAUUAGGCAGUUGGUUGGGGAUGCUUCCAGGAACAUGGGCUUAUGUAAGUGCAGGUGCAUUUGGGCGAGCCAUCAUUCAAGAAGAGUCAGAUGUGGGCUUACCAGGAGGAAACGACCAAUUAGUGACUCUUGGACUAGGCUUGUUAUUUACAGCCAUUGCUGCAGCCUAUGUAACUCGGCUUGCAAAGGAUGCUGUGAAGGAUAUUGAGUAGAAGCACAACUCUUUGCAAGAAGUUAUGAGGAAAUGGGUAAUUCCCUAAUACAAUAUCAAAUUUAGAAAGUGUACAACCACCUUGUAUAGUAUUGGCAUCUUUUUGAAGCAUCUAAUAUAAUGCAAUUAAUUUUUCCCAGUCAUUGUCCA